AUGUCAGCAGAACAAGAACAUCCCAAGAAGGCCUUUGGAUGGGCCGCCAGAGAUUCAUCUGGUGUUCUCUCUCUUUUCAAUUUCUCAAGAAGGGAAACGGGAGAGAAAGACGUGACAUUCAAAGUCGCAUACUGUGGGAUAUGUCAUUCCGACCUUCACCUAAUCAAGAAUGAAUUGGAGUCCACUGAAUGGGGUGCUCCCACCUAUCCUCUCGUUCCUGGGCAUGAGAUUGUUGGUGUCGUGACAGAGGUAGGGAGCAAAGUAGAAAAAUUCAAAGUUGGAGACAAGGUUGGUGUUGGAUGCAUGGUGGGAUCUUGCCAUUCUUGUGAUAAUUGUGCAAACAACCUUGAGAACUACUGCCCCAGAUGGAUACCCACCUUUGGUGGCAAGUACCAUGACGGAACGACUACGUAUGGAGGCUACUCAGAUAUCAUGGUGGCUGAUGAGCACUUCGUUGUCAAUAUUCCAGAUAACCUACCUCUUGAUGGAGCUGCUCCUCUUCUAUGCGCUGGGAUUACAACUUACAGCCCUUUGAGAUAUUUCGGACUUGACAAACCCGGUAUGCAUGUAGGUGUUGCUGGCCUUGGUGGUCUAGGCCAUGUGGCUGUGAAAUUUGCCAAGGCUAUGGGGGUUAAGGUUACGGUGAUCAGCACCUCCCCGGGAAAGGAGGAGGAAGCUAUUAAACAUCUUCAUGCUGACUCGUUUUUGGUCAGUCGUGAUGAAGAUCAGAUGCAGGCUGCCAUGGGCACGAUGGAUGGUAUUAUUGAUACAGUCUCUGCAAACCAUCCUCUCUUACCUUACAUUGAUUUGUUGAAGUCUCAUGGAAAGCUUGUUAUGGUUGGUGUACCGGAUAAGCGUCCCGAGCUUCCGGUUUUUCCUCUGCUGAUGGGAAGGAAGAUAGUAGCUGGUAGUUGCACUGGUGGUAUGAAGGAGACACAAGAGAUGAUUGAUUUUGCGGCCAAGCACAACGUUACAGCUGACAUUGAAGUUAUCCCCAUUGAUUAUGUGAACACUGCAAUGGAGCGUCUUGCUAAAACAGACGUUAGAUAUCGCUUUGUCAUUGACAUUGGAAACACAUUGAAGCCUAGCUCUUAA